UCAUUGCAGGGCCAGCCCCGGGCUGGCCCGGACAAAAGGGGGCUGACGGUGAUCUCAUCAAAAGGGGGCUAGGUGCUAAAGAUGGCCGCCGGGCCAGGUUGUGGGGCUAAGGGCCGCUUUUCCUGGCCCGUCGAAUUCGAUGGGCCAUCAAGCACCGCCGAGGCUCGGAGGCGGGGUCAACCUCGGGCAGAGGUCAGGGAGGGGUCGGGGAGGGGUUAGUGUCCGAGACCAAAUAAAGGGCAGAUGUUGAGACUGAAGCAUACAGUAUUUCAUUUUUUUAUACACUACAAGAACGAAGAAAGAAGAAGAUGGCUGCUGAGCGCGUGAUCUGGUCUGUGGAGGACGUGAAGACGCUCCUCACCAUCUGGGCUGAAGACUCAGUCCAGAGGAAAAUCGAUGGGGUGUGCAGAAACGAAGACGUGAUGAAGUUCAUUUCUUCAGAGAUGGCCAAGGUCGGUGUGUUCCGAACAACACGACAAGUCCGUGAGAAGCUAAAGAAACUGCGGGCGUCCUACAAAGCGGCCAAAAUACACAACGGUCGCAGUGGUGUGGCGCCAAAGAAGUUCCCUUUUUAUGACUUGAUGGACAGCGUGUUGGGUCACCGGCCUAGUCAAUCCACGGGACGGAACACAGCAGAACUGCAGCCUGCAGAAAAUGAGCGUCCCAUUCCAACACCGGAGCCCAACUCCCGGUUGUGUGAGACGCCUGAGAGGGAGGACAGCGUUGUCGAGUCGGACGCUGAAACGUCGGUCAUGGGUGAUGCAGAGGAGCCCAAGAGACGGACUUAUCAGCAGGACCUGCUGGCUAGUCUCGAGAGGGUAGCUCGAGAAGACCGGGAGUGUGAGGUGAUGCUGCGGGAAACGGAGAUGAAGAGCGAGCAGGAAAUGCGAGAGAGAGAGAUGGAAAACACACAGCAACAAGCACAGCAACUAGGGCAGGAACUCGGCCUCCAGAUGCAACUUGCGAGGGAAGCGUGGGCAGAGCAGAUGAGAAGAGAGGACAGCAGGGGCAAGGAGAUGCUGAGUCUGCUAGCCGCCAUGAUCCACAAGAAGUAG